GAACCUAGGGAGGGGCGUCACUGUGAGAUGCAUGGGUGGUAUGAUCUGGGUUCUCCUUAAAAACCAGAGCCAACUGGGCAGCCCUGGGAAGGGGUCACCAUCCCUCUGAAGGGAGGCCAGCAUUUCAUUCCUCUACUGCCUCAGUGUGUUGGGGAGGGAGGUGCCUUCUGAUAACCAUCUUUGGAGGUUUUGCAACCCCAUGAGUGAAUCCUUGAGGGCUGAGAGCUGAGCAGCACCCUCCUUAAGUCUGGCCCAGCGCGGCGGCCACCUGUACUCCUGGGAUACAAAGCAUGGGCAGAGGGGGCGCUAGCAGGGCCAGGACGCUGCUCGCGAAUCCAUCCGGGGCCUUCUGUGCUUUGUCCAGGGCUUGGGGCCUUUACCAGCCUUUGGGAACUUCCUCCUGACAGAGCCUGACAGGUCCAGGCAGCCGCUGCCAGCGCCACCCGUGGGUGUCCCUGCUGCCCGGGAGAGACAGCUCCAUUCCAGGCUCCAGGCUGGCAGGGCAGCUUGGCGGCGAGUUCUGACAGGAGGGCGGCCCGUGCUCGGGCAGCCCGCCUCUGAAGGGUUCUUCCCCACCACCGGAGGCCCUGUGCUGGGCAGAUGGACGAACAGGUGUUCAAAGGGGACCCGGACACCCCUCAUUCCAUCUCCUUCUCCGGCAGUGGAUUCCUCUCCUUCUACCAGGCCGGAGCUGUGGAUGCCUUUAGGGACCUGGCCCCUCGAAUGCUGGAAACGGCCCAUCGCUUUGCCGGCACGUCGGCAGGUGCAGUGAUUGCGGCCUUGGCUAUCUGCGGGAUUGAAAUGGAUGAGUACCUCAGAGUCCUCAAUGUGGCUGUGGCAGAGGUGAAGAAAUACUUCCUGGGGCCCUUGUCCCUGUCCUGUAAGAUGGUACGGAUGAUGAGGCAGUUUCUGUACGAUGUUCUGCCUGAGGACUCCUACAAGGUCACCACGGGAAGGCUCCAUGUGGCCCUCACGCGGGUCCAGGAUGGAGAGAGUGUGGUGGUUUCAGAGUAUACGUCCAAGGAAGAGCUCAUCGAGGCCCUGUACUGCAGUUGCUUUGUCCCUGUGUACUGCGGCCUCAUUCCUCCCACUUACCGCGGUGUGCGGUACAUGGAUGGGGGCUUCACAAACAUGCAGCCCUGCUCUUUCUGGACCGACAACAUCACCAUCUCCACCUUCAGCGGGCAGCAGGACAUCUGCCCACGGGACUGCCCCGCCAUCUUCCACGACUUCCGCAUAUUCAACUGCUCCUUCCAGUUUUCCCUGGAGAACAUCACCAGGAUGACCCAUGCCCUGUUCCCCCCAGACCUGGUGAUCCUGCACGAUUAUUACUACCGAGGAUAUGACGAUGUCGUUUUGUACUUGAGGCGUCUGAAUGCUGCUUACCUUAAUUCUCCUUCCAAGAGAGUGAUUUUCCCUCGGGUAGAAGUGUACUGCCAGACAGAACGUGCCCUGGGCCACGAAUGUCCUGAACACAGUCAGGCAAGCCUCCAAACAGAGCAGGCCAGUCUGGAAGAAUCUACACAACUGGCUCCCGAAAGGGAAGGAAGGGGUGACCAUGCUCCACCUCUGUCCCCACCUGUGCAGACCCCUGACUCCACGUGGGAGAGGCCUGUGGAGUCACCUCUUUUGCCACCUGGAUCACUCCCAGCUGUGCACUUGGACCCCAGCUCAACACCUGGGCCAUCACCUGGAUCACCAUCACUGCAGGUACAAUCGACUGGAUCACCACUCGGAACCCCAUCCCCCCAGUCAUCUCUGUCACCCAGGCCAUUCCUGGGGCCUUGUGCUGGGGGGACACCUCCAACAUUGCCCCGAUGUGCUCCUUCAGCGUCACCUGCACAGCUACCAGUGGAGGAACUGGGCCCAGAACUACCCCAGGAUAUGGACCCUUCUGGCUUCUUACAGCUUCCUGGUGUCUGGAGCCAGCUGGCAUGUGUGGCUCGGAUGGUGGCGGACACAGGACAGGUCACGAACCACCGUUACUUCAUCUCUUUGCCCAGGGAGAGCCCAGCUGAAGACUCCCAUUGUGCGAACAAGGUGUUCAAGAGAAACAAACAAAAGGCAAGUGGCACCAGAAAAGUCUUCCCAGGACAUCCACAAUCCCAGAAACCAGGCAGCAAAGUGCAGUCUACUCCCUGUCCACUCGACUUCUCUUGCCUUUCCAUCUCCGAGACAAUCUGAGUCACUUAG